AUGACUCUAACUGAACGGGAUUUUGGGGGGCUACUUCCACAGCCCAGUGAGCUGGGCAUUGCCGGCAUGGAAUACAGUGAGGACAAAGAAGAGACCAUGUUACAGUCCUUGGCUGGAGGAGAGCCCUUUGGGCCAGUGGAGCCCCCCAAGAAGGCGACCGGGAGGCUGGUUAUGCACAGUAUGGCCAUGUUCGGCCGAGAGUUCUGCUACGCGGUGGAGGCUGCCUUCGUCACACCCGUCCUGCUGAGUGUGGGGCUCCCCAGAAGCCUGUACAGUCUCGUAUGGCUCAUUAGCCCCAUCCUUGGAUUCGUGCUUCAGCCUGUAGUCGGCUCGGCCAGCGACCACUGUACUUCAAGUUGGGGCAAGCGAAGACCGUACAUCCUGGCCCUUGGCGUUAUGAUGUUGGUGGGAAUGGCUUUGUUCCUCAACGGUGAUACGGUGGUCUCAGCUUUGGUCGCUGACAGAGGCACAAAGAGGACUUGGGCGAUUGUCAUCACCAUGCUGGGAGUCGGGCUCUUUGAUUUUGCGGCCGACUUUAUUGACGGCCCCAUCAAGGCCUAUCUGUUUGACGUCUGCUCCCACCAGGAUAAGGAGAAGGGCCUCCAUUAUCAUGCCCUCCUGACAGAUUGGUAUUUUGACCACGAGAACAGAAAUCUAGCCGAGAGCCAGAGAAGAUACAACAGCAAAGGUCUAGGAGGGGCCCUUGGCUAUCUCACAGGUGCCAUUGAUUGGGGUCAUACUGUCUUGGGAAAAUAUUUGGGAUCAGAAUUCCAGGUGAUGUUCUUUUACGCAGCUCUCGUGUUCCUGAUCUGUCUGGCUGUCCAUUUGUGCAGUAUCCCCGAAGCAUCCCUCGCCGCCGUCUCGGUAGAAUCGAAACACCUGCUGAACGCAGAAAAGCCCUAUCAGUAUGGCUCCGUAGGAACAGUCAAGGAUGGCUAUUUUAAAAAUGGUUAUAAAGAAAUUCAGACUUUAUCUCAACAAGGGAAGCUCAGUGAAAAACCAGACGCUCCGGUUGAGAGGCAGGUGACGCUUAAGGCCCUCCUCAAAGCGCUUCUAAGCAUGCCUUCCCAUUAUCGUUGCUUGUGCAUGAGCCAUUUGAUGGGAUGGACGGCUUUCCUCUCCAACAUGCUCUUCUUCACGGACUUCAUGGGACAGAUUGUGUUCGACGGCGAUCCUUACGCACCUCAUAACUCCACGGCUUAUCUGACUUAUGAAAGGGGCGUCGAGAUGGGAUGUUGGGGGAUGUGCAUCAAUGCCAUUUCCUCCUCACUCUACUCCUAUUUGCAGAAAGCCCUACUACCUUACAUAGGAUUAAAGGGACUUUAUUUCAUUGGAUAUCUGCUUUUUGGACUGGGCACUGGGUUUAUUGGACUCUUCCCCAAAAUCUAUUCUACUCUGGCUCUGUGUUCCCUCUUUGGCGUAAUGUCCAGCACAUUAUAUACCGUACCGUUCAACCUCAUUGCUGAAUAUCACAGGGAGGAAGAGAAUCAGAAGGAAGCUUUGGAGGGCAGCCGAGGAAAGGGAAUCGACUGCGCUGCCCUCACGUGCAUGGUGCAGCUGGCCCAAAUCAUCGUGGGGGUGGGGCUGGGCUUCCUGGUCAGCGCCGCUGGCAGUGUGGUGGUGGUGGUGAUCUUUGCCUCUGCCAUAGCCCUGUUUGGCUGCUGCUUCGUGGCGUUCUUUGUGCGCUACGUGGAAGAAAGCAAUAAAUAGUGGCUG